AUGGAAAUCAAAGCUAGACAGCGAGCUUUUAGUUGUGGCGAUAGUAUAAACUAUACACGCUUACGCCAUAAAGUCUCUAGUCUGAUAUCUAAAGCGAAAAUAGUCUACUAUGAAAGUAAAGCCAAAGACCACCGUAAAUCAAACUCUAGUAAAUGGUUUAAAUCCAUCUCCUCACUGGUUGGCAUGGAUGGUACAUCCAACCUUCUGGCAAACAGGUGCCAAAACUACGAUCUUUCUGAACCGACCGAGAAACUACAGGCCGUUUUUACCGCCCCUUGGAAUGGAAUGUUAGACAAUGCUGGUAGUUAUGACCUAAAAAUACAAUGA